UUCUAUUAAAAUAUGAUAGUACUCUAUAGGCACUAUUCGUUCAGAUAUCAAUUUAGCUUUAUUAUCUCUACACAAUGUGCAUAAGUAUGCGCCUGUGCGCGCACUGCAUAUAUACAUAUGUAUGUAUAUAUAUUCAUCAUAACCUUAUACAGAAUAGUUUAUAUGAUUUUGAAUGUACAAAUAUAUAGUUUGUUUUUUAUGCUUAUUAAAUAUACCACUGCAAUUUUCGUAAUUAUAAAUCAUUUACUUAUAAUUUUACAUAAUUCUUACGAAUGGCAAGUAUAUCUUUCAUAAUGCGAACUUCUACAUUGCUUUUAAUUAAGUCAAAAUUUAUCCUAUUGAGUAAAAAUGCUUCUCAACAAUCAUUGAAGGGAAAACUUGUCGAGACUAUUCAAAAUAAUGGAAUUACAACAAUAUCCAUGGCAAGACCUCCAGUUAAUAGUUUGAGUUUAGAAAUGGCAGUAGAAUUACGAAAAGCUAUAGAAAAUUCCAUUGAUAAUAACACUAAAGGAAUUAUUCUUACAUCAUCAUUAGCGAGUGUAUUUUCAGGUGGUUUGGAUAUUUUAGAAAUGUACAAACCAGAUUUAAAGCGAUGUACCGAUUUCUGGCAUUCCUUACAAGAUUUAUGGUUGACAUUAUAUUCUUUAGGUAUCCCAACAGCAGCAGCCAUUAAUGGUGCUAGCCCAGCUGGAGGAUGCUUACUUGCAUUAUCAUGUGAAUACAGAGUAAUGGUAGAUGGUUUACACACCAUUGGUCUUAAUGAAACCAAAUUGGGUAUAGUUGCUCCAAAAUGGUUUCAAGAUCCUUUAAUAGCAACAAUUGGUUAUCGACAAGCUGAACUAGCUCUUUUAAGAGGAACUCUUUUUAAACCACAAGAAGCUUUAAAAGUCGGACUAGUUGAUGAACUAGCUUCGAAUAAGACUGAUGCACUUACCAAAUGUAUCAGCUAUAUUACUGAUUAUGCAAAAAUUUCUACUGAGGCACGAACAGCAACAAAAUUAAGUUUGAGAAAAGAAACACUUACUUGGUUAGAAGGAAAUCGAGAAUGGGAUACAACAAUAUUUUUGAACUACGUGCAACUACCUCAAGUUCAGACUAAUCUUGAUUUAUACAUACAAUCUUUGAAAAAGAAAUCUAAGUAAAAAUGAAAAUGAGGAAUGAAAUGUAUU